AUGGGCAAUAUUGUCACACCAGACCAAGGUUUACUUCCACUUCCAUCUUACAGUGGUGUUACAACUCCUUAUCCAUGGUGGCUCAACGCUGCACUAGCCAUAUGGGCUUUAUUAGCGCUACUAUGCUGCUGGUUACUAUUGUUGUUGUAUUUAUUACGUUAUUGUUGUAAAUGGUGGAGACAUCGUCAAUAUGCAGCUGAUCGCGUCUCAUUGCGUAAGCGAUUCUUCGGUUUCGGCAGUGCAAAUGGUCAACAAGUUAGUGACGGUAUAUAUGGUGCUGCGAUGCCAUAUGUAACGUCCGGGGUAGUCAAUGCGUAUGACCCUGGCACAGAAAAUAUUGAAACGAAUAUUCAUCGAAAUAUUACGAAGAACUAUUAUAUCAAUGAAGAAAAGAACUAUUUUAUUGAAAGUGAUCCGAAAGUUGAAUCAGUAGAACGUGGACAUGAUCCAGAAGUGCAAACACUCCCUCCACCCAUUGUCACAACGAUCAAUAUGGCAGCAGAACGAAUCACUGAUAAUCCAAACUGGGAGAAUGCUACUACAAAGGCGGAUUUGGACGGUCAAGAGCCAAAGCGUGCUUCAGCAGAAGUUGUCGACAACGAUCCAUCGAUUAAUAAACAAGGAGUGAAAGCUCAAGAUCCACCAAAUGUAUUAACUCAUCGCCCAGAAACACCACAAGGUGGCAAUCGAAAGCUAGGUGGAAGAGGAUCUGACCUAUCGGAUGAUGGUUCGACAAUAAGCGAAAUGAGUGGUCAUGAUUCUGAAUCAAUCUAUGAAACGAUUCGAGUGUUGACACCGAAAAAAGAAGUGCUCCCACGAUUAGAAGAUGAAGAUGAAGAUGGUGAUGAAUACAGAACAGCUGGUAUUGACGAGGUUGAGUUUGAAGUCAAAGACCUCAUUCGUUUGCAAAAAGCGAAUGCACGCAGUGGUGAUCCGUACGAUGACAUCUUAACAUCAACGACUCUUCCGCGUCGUCAUUUAACACACCAUUCACCAUCGAUAUCUUCUUCGUCAACUCUCAAUAAUCUAAUGCCGACGGAACCGAAUCAUAAUUCGAAUGAUCUCGGUGCCGGCGAAGAAGAAACCGUGACGCAAACAGUCUCUACUCAACAAAUUCAAACAACUGUUCGCCAAAUAGGCCAACAGCUUGGCAACAGUGCUUUCUUUGUUCCACUAUCGUCAGCAAUUACGCAUGAAGAUGGUCCGAUAAAUGACAAUGAAAAAAUUGUCGUUCCUCUUUCCACGUCAUCGGUCCGAUAUGACGAAAAGCCAGCAUUACAACAUUUCUAA